GCUAGAAAGAAUAAGGACCACAAGAUUUGGAUAGCCUUUACUUCAUCUUCCUUCUUUUAUCACAACUAUUACAUAUAGUCAUUCUGCCUAUCAAUAAUGAACUAAGAAGCUAAAAAAGGAUUCAAAUAAUGGCAAUGCAUCAUUAUUUUCGUACAGAAACAACUGCGCCUUGUCAAUGGCGGACCCAAAAUUCCGUCAACGACACCAAACUUAGAAUUUUCACUAAAAGGAUUCAAAUUUACAUGACUCAGGAGCCGGCCUCAGAUAACCAAAAAGACAGAAUCCAGGAGGUAACAAUACGGCAAUCCAAUCAAUUUGCACCACUCGAAUCAGUUUUCAGGCGGCGUCUACUUACAGGGAUUGGCACAGCUUCUGUAGUAGCUUUGGGCGCCAAUUUUGCUGGAAUUACUAGUUCCUUACUAGGCCUAUCGCCUGAUGGAGCUCGGAGUCUCAGGCUUGAUGUAAUUUAUCCUAUCGGAGGUUAUACUCGAUGCCUUGAUACAAAUGAAGGAUUUGAGUUUGUAUAUCCAUCACAUUGGGUGGGAGAUCAAACUGUAUUGUACCGAGCAGCCGGAAAAGCAGAACGAUCACUAGAUCCGCCAUCGCUGCGAGAUCGGAGGGGUAAAAAUGUAAAUGAACCGGUGGUUGCAUUUGGUCCCCCGGGAUCAAAUGGGGAGCUUAAUGUUAGUGUCAUUGUUGCUCAAGUUCCUAUUGAUUUCUCGAUAGAGACAUUUGGAGGACCAAAGGAAGUAGGAGAGGCCAUUGUGAAGAUUAUUACAGGAUCAGGCAAAAGACCUAAUGUGAAAGGGACACUAAUUCAAGCAAAUUUAAGAGAUGAUUCUAACAAAAAAUUUUACACAUUAGAAUUCCAAGUUGAAAGCCCUACAUUUCAGAGACACAAUGUUGCUGUUUGUUGUGCCAGAGGAGGAAAGUUAUUCACUUUGAAUUCACAAGCUCCACAAUCAAUUUGGCCAAUGGUGAAAGAAGAUUUCUACAAAAUAGCUCAUUCUUUUAGCUUAACAUCAUGAAGUCGUAAACCGAACAGAAUAUAGGCUUGCUUGCUAUAUUUGAUUCAGGACCUUUUGAUGUUGCGACUCUUUUAGAUUUAGUGCCUAAUAAAAGAAAAAAAUUUAAAUUUAA